UAAGCUAACUAUCGCCACUAUCACUCCAGGAUGCCAGAGAUAAAGGAAGGCAUCGGCUGUUACGCCGAGAAGUAUGUACCACUGGUACCAUUGACGGGAAUGACCAUCACCUUCCUGGUAGUUGCUGUCUUGGGUCUAGGGUUCUAUUGCGCCUUGAUGAUUAACUGCUUACUAUCAAUACUUCAAAAAUGGGCGAAAUAUGAGAAAGUCAAGUUACUGAAAUCUGAAACUAAGACACCGCUAUCAUUUCUGAUUAUGGUGAUGUAUAUACUGUUGCACGUGUAUGGGUACAAAUGCUCGUUUGUCGAGACUCCUAUUUGCCGCAGGCGGGUGCUGUUCAUUGGAUUAGGCUUUGUGGUAGUGUUCUGUUCAUUCGUAGCAGUAAUGCUAGCUACCAUCCCUGAGGAGUGGCUGAAGCCCGCUGGACUUAAUACCCGGAUCAAUGCUAAACACCGUGUCUAUGGCGCCAUGGGUUUUUCGGGACUCCAGAUAAUCGCACUUGUUGGAUUCAUGUUUGCCGCAUAUAAGCAACACUGCUUUGGGAAGUGCAUGACCAGGAGCCGCAAAGCAUUUUAUGUAAUAGCAGUACUGAAUCUAAUACACCUGAUAGGUUACAUAGUUAACCUAGGAAUGUUUUACAGGGAGGGUAAACUGCAGGAGGAAAUGUCCACGAUGAAAGAUAAAGAGGAGUGGAAAGUGUACCAGGGAAGGGCUACUCUUAACUACCUACUGUUGAUAGCACUUGUGAUAAGUGCAUACCAGGUCAAUAUGUGCUGCACACCUUUCAAUGGCUAUGAAGGCAUAUUUUUACUGUUUGGUGGUGCAGUUAUUGGCUGUAUCAUAUGCGCCAUGUUGGCCUGUGAAAUGGAUAACGUUCCUGAUGGAAAGGACUACCAGCACGCCAUAUAUCCUAUUUUGUUCCUACUGCUAGUAUUUACUGGUUUGUGGCUAUACUGUUUACAUGCAGCUAAACCGUUUGGACAGUACCAUACUGUAUGGGAAGUGGGAUGCUUCAUGCUAGGCCUUUUCUUAUUGGCCAUGAUAGUCAUUGCAGGUGUGGUCAUGGUUGCAGCGGCAGGAAACAAUCAGUGGAAUAUUCAAGGAAUCAAAAUCUUUGAAGGAUUCCACUCAUUGGCAAUUCCUGCAUACUUCCUUAUUGUCCUUGUACUGUUUAUAAUCUAUGGUCGCAAGAGCGGCUUACUUAAGCGCAUGGGUUUGUGGUUCAAGAAGGCACCUGAAACGGUCCAACCUCCAGUAACCCCGGAGCUAGAGCCUAGUGAACCAUGUCAACUUCGCGGACCAGAAUCAGUAGGAGGUGUCUACCACGAUUCGAGGCUGCAUCCAGCAAAGUAGUUAGAAAUACUCUCAGGACCGAGUCCUGGAAUUUG